AUGACUGACCUCCUAGACAAAUUAGGUGAUCCUAACUUAGGACAGGAGGAAAUCACAAAUGUUUUCUCAACUAAUCCAUUAUCCUCACAAGGAACUAUUAAUGAUAAUAUCAACACUGCAUUCUUUGAGAUUCAGAAGAUCUACCAGGAACAAAUCAAAAGCUUCUGGGAACUGACUAGUCUUAAACAGUAUCUUGAACAGAAACUAGUUCCUAGAGGACUUCGCCCUGACAUUUUAUUGCAAGACAAAAUCCAGACUGAAGAACAGCUCAGUGAAUGGAAUUCAAUUUUAUUGAGCUGUUCCUUUAAAUUGAUGGAUUUUCUGGUUAAGCUGGAAACAAAUAUCUUUGAGACAAGUAACCUUAAACUGAAGGGAGAAAUCGCUCUGAUUAAAAAGUACAAAUCGGACGAUCUUUAUACUCCCAUGGAAAUUAAAUUGCAACAAAACAUCACCAAUUUCAGACAUCAUUUAAAAAUUAAAAAACAUAAUAAAUUUCAAAGAGAUUUUAAAGAUUUCAAAAGUGGGACCAUUUUCCGACAAACUAACAAAAAUACGAGGCGAAAAAAUAGCUAUAGAGGCUCCUCUUCUGGUGAAACGGACUGGUCAGAUCAGGACCAACAAUCACAGAAUAGACGGAGAUCCCCAUUUAUACGGAAUAGAACACAAACAAGAGACACAAGUUCACAGCUAAACUCCAAUAAGAGUAUCCUUAAAAAUUCUGACAAGGUAGUCUCCUUUCUGGACAUACCCAUCUCAGGGGAUACGAACAAUUCUAUUCCUACUGUCCCUCCUUCGAAUCCUUUUUUAGAUCAGCAACAACCAUACCAACAACGGGGACGUUUGAGAGACAGGGAUCGCUGGUCAUACAAGACCCAAAAUCGGACGCCAAGAACUUAA